UCGACCUAUUGGCCUCACAGCUACCCACGCCACUGCACCGCUUUCCCUUCCUCUAUCUCAGCUACCUGCAGGUUGGGGGAGGAAAGGAUUCAAAGGGAGGGUUCAAUGCCCAGGCUGAUCCUGCGGGUGAUCCACUGAUGCAGACUCUACUCUAGGCACGGGGAGGCUUCCCAGCCUUCAGCCCCGAGCUAGGGAACCUGAGUUCCUCUCUCUAGGGAACAGGAGAAGGAGUAAAGGCCCUUGCACAACCCAGUCUCACAGUUCAACCUCCCUGGCGCUUGAAGGCCAGAUGGAGGGAUCCAGAAAGGUGUGAGGUGCAGCUGGCAGCAGCAGACAGCGGGCAGAGGUCGGGAGCCGUUUCUUCUCUGGCUCGCGAAUUCCCAGUUUAGGGCUUUUGCUCUGCGCCCUCCAGGGCUGAGCUGUAGCGGACAGGCGGACGCGCCUUUGCUGCCGUGCCUGAGGGUUAAUCAUUGUGGAGUGGGUCGGGAACUGAAGUCGCUGGCUGCGGCUGACCUCUGACCUUAGUCAGGCCUGCACCGGCUAGGUGGAUCCCACAACGUGCAGAUUCCGCCGCCUGCAAAUAAAAAUGGUGCCUUUUGCACGUACCCCCUGCCUCAUCUUCUUGGCUCUCAUCUGGCACUAUCAAUCACUGGGGCUCCCUAGCACCCUUUCCUCUUCUGAAGGUGCGGGAAGAAGACAGAUUGUAAAAAGUCUCCAGGAUGUGCUCCCGACUGGCUCAAAGUCAGAAAAUGAGAUACAAGACGUCCUUGGUGAUGAGGAAACGGUUACGGCUUUACAGAAAUACUCUGAAAGAGUCAAGUAGCAGCUCUGGACACCAUGGCCCCCAGCUCGCCGCCGCCUCCAGCCCCUCGGUGUUCCCGGGCCUCCACGAGCAGCCUCCCCAGGCCUCCCCCAACGGUCCUUUGAACGGACUCCUCCGUCUGGGGCUCCCAGGAGACAUGUAUGCGCGGCCAGAGCCUUUCGCGCCUGGGCCUGCGGCCCGCAGCGACGCCCUGGCAGCUGCCGCAGCCCUUCAUGGCUACGGGGGCAUGAACCUGACCGUGAACCUCGCCGCACCCCACGGUCCCGGCGCCUUCUUCCGUUACAUGCGCCAGCCCAUCAAACAGGAGCUCAUCUGCAAGUGGCUAGCGGCUGACGGCCCCGCGUCCCCGCGCCUCUGCUCCAAAACUUUCAGCACCAUGCACGAGCUGGUCACGCACGUCACCGUGGAGCACGUCGGCGGCCCGGAGCAGGCCAACCACAUUUGCUUCUGGGAGGAGUGUCCGCGCCAGGGCAAGCCCUUCAAAGCCAAAUACAAACUUGUAAAUCACAUCCGCGUGCACACGGGCGAGAAGCCCUUCCCCUGUCCUUUCCCGGGGUGUGGGAAGGUCUUUGCUAGAUCAGAAAAUCUCAAAAUACACAAACGAACUCACACAGGAGAGAAGCCCUUCAGGUGCGAGUUCGAAGGCUGUGAGCGGCGCUUCGCCAACAGCAGCGACCGCAAGAAACAUUCGCACGUGCACACUAGUGACAAGCCGUACACAUGCAAGGUGCGCGGCUGUGACAAGUGCUACACACACCCCAGCUCGCUACGUAAGCACAUGAAGGUGCACGGACGCUCUCCUCCGCCGCCCAGCUCUGGCUACGACUCGGCUACACCGUCUGCCCUCGUGUCGCCCUCUUCAGACUGCAGCCACGAGCCCCAGGUGGCCUCCUCGGCGGCGGCGGCGGCGCGUGGCGCAGACCUAAGUGAAUGAUGUCCACCGCGUUGCUGGAAAGGUAAUCUCGCUCCGCGCAGCUGAGCGCCCGCAUCCCGCGCCUGCGACAUCAAAGGACCCGCGCACAAAGCAGUGUUUCUUCGCCACGGUGCAUCUUCAUGGUAAGUUAGGAUUUCUAUGGCAAUGGGCAAGUCGCACUGAAAUCCUGAAAGGCCGAGCCUGGAGCCCGUCCAGGCUUUUCAUUAAGGACAUAAUAUUUACGUCUAACAGGCCUUUUUUCUUGUGUAUACAAGUAUAUAUUUUUGUUUGACGCGGACUAAAUCAUUUUCAUUUAAUUUCCGGUAAACAAAACCCACGCGAAUGGGCACUUGUUCCCGAUCAUAAUAAAAAUGGAUAAUAAUGUGAGGGAAGAAAAGGGCCGCUUGAAUCGCAGCUCAGCCCCCUUUGUUUCUGCUUUCUGCGGUGAUCAGAGGGCGCAUUUGGGUUUGAUGGCGAGUUUCUAAAGGCAAGGAAAUGGUUUGUAAGAAGGGAAAGAAAAGGAGAAAGGUCUAAUCAAGCUCGGGUUGUUCAAAGAGUUGGGUUUUGGGGUUGAAAGUGUGAGUUUGACGGUGCAUCAGCAUGCCGCGUUAGGCUCGCCAUGGAAAUGCGCGCGGGGAGCGGCCGCUUCAAAGGCGGCACACUUCACUGCAGACACUCUAUUAAGAUACAUUUGCGCUGACCUUUGCUUUCACGCCAUUUAAUACUGUCACUGCGCUCUCCAGUAUAUACUUCCUCCCUAGGACCUGCCUCGCCCGCAUUUAAGGGUUCACCCAGCGUCCUGAUGUGGGAGGUUUUGGCGCAGGGGACGCUUUCAGGAAAGGGAGGAGCUGGACUCCGUGCAUCCUGACUGCGUCCCAAAGAAGCUCCAGGGUCAGAAGUAAAUGGUUUUAGAGCAACCUCAGAAGGUUUACAAAUGAGCAUCCCCAGCUCGGUUUUGUGCAAAUCACUUCUCUGAAUCUUGAGCAGGAUAGAGGUGUGGACUUGAUAGGGACUUGAAGGGAAGGGAACCACCCUAGGGAAGUCUGGGGAGUUCAGACUGUGCCUUUGGGACAUUUCCACUCUGGUUCCCAGCACUGCCCUUCUGCGCCUUCAUCUCAGAAGUUUCUUGCAGUCCCUCUAACUUGUUUCUCUCUAGGGCAAGGUAUCCUCAGGCUUGGUCUUGUCCUGGUUGCCAACUCAAGAGCCCAAGGCCAAGGGGAUGUGGGGAAGAUGGCAGGAAAGUUAGAAGUCCAUGUUCCCUUAAUUGUCUUGUUGUUUAUUUUAUCCAAGUACCCCAGUGAAUAGGGGAAAAAUAAACACGGAGGAAAAAAAAUCAAACAGUGGAGUCUUCUUUAGUGCCAGUCCUUGUGGUUGAAUAAAAAGGAUGGUCCGCUUUCUAUUGAGCUGAGAAAUCUUUGAAGUGGGAGUUAUUAUCUGAGACAUUCUUGCUUGUCGUCCUAACAACGCUGAUGAAACGUAAAAGGUUCUUUGUCAGCGAUUUGUUCUCCUCUCUGUCAAACUCCCUCUGCCCUGUUAGUUUCAAACCGUUUCUAAAGAGAUAAAAUCAAACUUCUUUUUAAAAAAUAUGCAUACGGUACACCAAUAGAUAACUUUAGGACUAAGUCUUGCUAAGAUAUAAAAACAAAAGCAAUGCCUAGACAUCAGGGUCAGGGCCUAGAUGGGUGAAAUGUGCAUAUGUCGGGGGCCCUUGGCACAAACUCUGAAACAUGGGGUGCAGAGAGUGUGCAGGCAGAGUGUACAUACUCUAAAUCCAUGCAGUUCAUAAUUGUGCAUCUGCUUCUUCUGCUCUGGCCUGCACUUAGCCCAAGUUGGGUUACCUAGAUGAGCUUCCUUUGAGAGACUCCUUGGGAUCCCAAUAUUUUUGCCCAAGAUCCUUGGAACUAGAGGCUGCAGCCAAGUGAUUGUUAAUAUUUCCUGCUCCUUCAAAGCCACUUCUGCUAAAAAUAGACCCAUUGUGUGUUUCUUCCCCCUAGCAGCAAUCAGCAAGCCCUUUCUGCCAUUAAUAGGAAGGAAAGUGGCUUGAAGGAAAGAGACAUUUUAAUAAUUUCCUGUUUUCUUCAGAAUCUUGGCAACUGGAGUCCAGAAAGUUUGGUCUACAACAUAGUGACCCAAAAUGCAUGCAAAUACUCAUCCUUCCCCCCAUUCACGUGUGCAGUUCUUCAUUUUAUAUUGUGCCCAGGAAAGAAACUUUCACCCUGUUCAGGUUUCCCCAAACCUCCUAUUGUGGUUUCAAAGGUGGUUUAAAUAAACAAGGAUGUGCUGAUCCCUCCCCCCCACUCUGUGUGUGCUGAGUAAAUGGUUUGUGAAGAAGUUUCUCCAAGCUGUAACCCAUGCUGUUAUUAUAGUUGCUGCAAAAUGUUGUCUCUUAUAUCGAUUUUAUUUGUUUACUGGAGGUCUCCAUAUGUUUGUUUAUAUUGCUAAUUUAUGGGAAAUGUAAUGAUUGCAAUGAAUGUGAUUUAUACAGAUAGGCAAACGUUUUGUAAUCAUAAUUCACAUGCAGAAAAAAGCCUGAAUGAAACCUGAGACUAUGUGGUACCCUCUCUAAUCAUACUGUUUGUGAUUUAUCACCCAUCCCCUUAGCAUCAGUUAAAUUAUGAACUAACUUGAAAGAAAAAAUAAGUUGUUAUGUAUUUGACUGAAAGUGAUUGUUGAAUGAAAAACAAAGUUGAAAGCCACAGCUUAAUCUUGUUGUAAAUAUGUAAAUGUAAAUGAAUUAAAUCUGUGAUUCUUCUUCCCUCCAAAGGCCUUUAUGUACAUGGAGCUCCAUUUUACUAUUUUCGUUGAAAAUAAAUGACGUGAUGGUUCCUUUCCUCUUUUGAA